AUGCCAGACACAAACUCGCAACCGUCUUCCAGGCCACAAUCGGCUCACUCAGUCCGUUCAUCACGGUCGCAACAAUUCACAUCCCGCAAUGCCAACGAUGAGACCACUCCUUUGUUGGCCACAAACAACGAUCAGAAUGUCGAAGCACAAGACCAAUCCGAAUCUUCACCCGAAUCAACAUCUCAGUCGCGUUCGCCUGCCGUAACCCGCCUGCUACGCCUCUUUCAACCUCAAUCUAAGAGCCAGCCAAGAUGGUCCAGUCUGUUGGCUCUCUUGCUUCUUUGCAUCAUCGUCGUACUCAUUAUGGUGUUGGGCUUCCUAGCUCCAUCAAAGGUUCAAGAAUAUGCUGUUGAAGCCGCCACAUUCGAGCCUACAAGCUUGUCCAUACACUCCUUCACUACUACAGGCGUCACUGCCAGAAUACAGGGUGAUUUCUCUAUGCAUGCUGAAAACGUCAAGGAUAAGUCUGUUCGCCGCUUUGGUCGCUUUGGUACUUGGAUUGCCAAAAAGGUUGAGACUGGCCAGUCAUCUGUUCAUGUCACCUUACCCGACUACAGGGACGCACUUUUGGGAACCGCCGAGAUACCAUCCAUCAUAGCUGAUAUUCGCAAUGGUCACACCACUCAUAUCGACUUUUUGACUGAGUUGUCUCCCGGAAAUACCAAUGUCAUAAGACGUCUUGCGAAAGACUUCAUUGAUGGAAAGUUGCACGAGCUGCGCGUAUCUGCCGAGGCUUCGGUCCCUGUUAAGUCUGGCCUCAUAAAUCUCGGGAGACAGACCGUAUCUCGGGCUAUGGCUUUCGGAAACGAUAAGAUACCCUCCUUGCCAGAGUACAAGAUUCACAAGCUCAACUUCCGUGAAAUUGAACUCCCUGACCUCCAGCGUGCUAUGGUAGCUGACGUCGCCGUUGAGCUCGACAAUGAUUAUCCAUUGGAUUUCACGAUUCCCCCUCUUGGUUUCGCCAUUCUCGUCGAUAACUGCCAGCCCUCACAACCUCUGAUUCAGCUGGCAGAUGCCACAACACCAAGCCUCUCUGUCAGACCGGAGGAGAAUCUGAAUGUCAGUGUCUCUGGCUUCGUAAGAAGACUGCCUCAGGUUUUUACCCAAGCUUGCCCCGGUUCACACGAAUCACCCCUUGACAACCUGCUUGGCGGAUAUAUACAUGGAAACGACACUACAGUAUAUGUUAGAGGCUCGGACUCUCCAUCUCUGGACACACCUCGAUGGAUCACUGACAUCAUGUCGGAUAUAACCGUGCCAGUCCCUUUCCCUGGACACACCUUCGGACAUCUCAUUAAGAACUUUACUAUGGCCGAUGUACACUUCGGAUUGCCCGAUCCUUUUGCGGACCCUGAUACCCCAGAAGCAAAUCCCAAGAUCUCUGCCGUCAUCAAGGCGCUGGUCGCUCUUCCGGAGGAAAUGAACUUCAAUAUCAGUGUUGGCCGCGUCAGAGCAAAUGCGGAUGUGUUUUACCAUGGCGACAAGCUGGGGUACCUGGAUCUGAGUAAAUGGCAAAAGGCAAACUCAACCCGAAUCCCUUCGGCCAAGGACCAAGGACCCCUUCUGGCAGUACAAUCAGCGAUCGAAAAGGCUCCUUUGAUGGUGACGGACGACGAUGUUUUCACUGAUGUUUUGAACGCACUGCUCUUUGGCGGCAAGGGAGUCGAGUUGGGCAUCAAAGCGGAUGUUGAUGUCGAGAUGGAAACAGCGCUCGGUCAAUUGGCUGUCAGGAAAAUUCCUGCCGAAGGCUCUGUGCCUGUCAAACGUUCUCAAGAGAGUCAUAUAGCUAAUAUGCGGCCCCUUGUAGCCAUCAAACGAGGCGGUGUCGGCUCCUUCACACCGAAGAUCGGCAAUCUGCAAAUUCUGGACACUAGCAAGACCUCUUUAACCCUCACCGCGUUGGUCAAUUUCACAAAUCCUACCGAAUACAGCGCGACUGUUCCUUUCGUUGACAUCAAUAUCCUGACCAACGAUACGUUGCUUGGACAUGCCACAGCCAAAGAUGUACACGUCGUGCCCGGAAACAACACCAACAUCCUCGUCACAGCAGUAUGGGAUCCCCGAACCUUGGGUGGCGAAGAAGGUCAUCGGGUUGGUGUAGAGUUUUUGUCUCAAUAUAUUUCUGGCUUUAACACGACACUAAGUCUGCGCGCCCAUGAGGGUACGAUACCAUCACAGCCAUCUCUCGGUCGUGCGUUGUCCAAGUUUCAAGUUGACCUCCCAACUCCAAAUCUGAGAGGUGGUGGUGGUCGAGGCGGUGGUGACAAGUCUGAGAAGCAUUUCAUCCAAGAUGCGACGAUGCAUCUUAUCACACGUACCGCAGAAUUUGUACUGCUCUCGCCGUUAAAGACGUCGACGCUUUAUGUUACAUAUAUAAACGCGACAGCUUUCUAUCAUGAGGACGCAGUCGGACAUAUUGUCUAUGAUUUGCCAUUCGCUGUACCCCCAGGAGCAUCAACAUCACCGCGUUUGCCAGUCGACUUUGGGUCUAUUGGUUACGAUGUGGUCAAGGGAGCAUUAGGCGGGUCGCUAAAAAUGGCAGCGAAGGCGACAGUGGGGGUACGGUUAGGCAAGUGGGAAGAGCGAAUAUGGUACCAAGGAGAAGGCAUAGGUGCCAAGAUUAGAUUGUAA